AUGAUCCGGUCAGCAUGUCGGACAGGUCGCACAGCUGGGACGCGCCCAUUAGAGGCGCUUCUGCAACAAGUAGCCGUACUCGGGUGCUCGGCACCGGGGCCCAGCUCCCGCGCUGUCGAGGCAAUAUGCAGAGCGUCUGGAGCGCCAACACAGCCUCAGCAUCAAAAUGACAAGCACAUCAGCAUCUCACAUCGUCACUAUACUACCUCAAGACCAUUACGCCAGGCCAUCGCUUCCUCACCAAUCGCCGCAAAGGCAGACAAUCGGGACUCUUCCAAAUUUGACCGACUCGAAACACGAACGUUCUCCAUCAUCAGCCAUGUGGACCAUGGCAAGUCAACGCUUGCAGACCGACUCCUUGAGCUCACCGGCACGAUCCCAUCAGACGGCUCCAACCAGCAGGUACUCGACAAGCUCAAGGUGGAGAGAGAGCGAGGUAUUACCGUCAAAUCACAAGCAGUGACGAUGGUGUACGACUACGAUGGACCGAGGGAAGACUUCAUCUCGGCCUUUGACGACGGGUUUGCACCAAAGGCCGGACGUUACCUGCUAAACUUGAUAGACUGUCCUGGUCACGUCGACUUUUCAUACGAGGUCAGUCGAUCGCUCUCGGCGUGUCAGAGCGCACUUCUCGUCGUAGAUGCAACGCAAGGCGUGCAGGCGCAGUCCAUCACCGUGUUCGAGUUGGCCAAGCAGAAGGACCUGGCCAUCGUACCUGUGCUGAACAAGAGCGACCUACCAGCAGCCGAUCCAGACCGCUGCGCGAUACAGAUGGAAGAGAUCCUCGGCAUCGAUACGACAUUGUCUGGGCAAGAGCCGCUAUUAAUUUCUGCAAAGACGGGCAAAGGCGUGGACAGCGUCCUGCGCGCUUUGGUGGAGAGGACAAAACCACCACCAGGAGUGGAAGAUGGCAAAUUGAAGGGCAGGGAGGGUCCGGGCUUCCGCGCGUUGGUCUUUGACAGCUGGUACGAUCAGUACAAAGGCGUCGUGUCGCUGGUGUCCAUUGCAGAUGGCGCUGUCAAAAAGGGAGAUCGCAUCACAUCCUGCCACACGGGCAAGCGCUAUGAAGUCCUCAGCCUGGGUGUCAACUCACCCGAGAUGAUCUCCACCGAUGUGUUGCGUAAGGGUCAGGUCGGCUGGAUCAUCGCCAACAUGAAGGAUAUGAGCGAGGCACAGAUCGGCGAUACGUUCCAUCUUGCGUCUGAAAAGGUGGAGCCGCUAGAAGGUUUUGCACCCACCGUGCCGAUGGUGUACGCCGGUAUCUUUCCCAUCGAAACGACCGACUUUGUCAAGCUGGAAGAAGCGAUCCAGCGGCUUGCGCUCAACGAUCGCUCCGUCACAGUCCAGCGGGAGUCAUCGAUGGCGCUCGGCCAGGGAUGUCGUUUGGGUUUCCUCGGGCUUUUGCACCUCGACGUCUUCCGACAGAGACUCGAGGACGAGUAUGGACACGCGAUCUUGGUGACAGCGCCUUCCGUUCCCUACAAGGUGACAUGGCGGGAUGGACGGGAAGAGAUCGUCUCGAACCCGAUUAACUUUCCCGAUGAUUCGGAACGCAAGUCCAAAGUGACGUUGCUAGAAGAACCGAUGGUCCGAGGUGUCGUGCGUUGUCCGGAAGAGUACACGGGCGAGAUCAUGCAGCUAUGCGCCGAGCAUCGUGGCGAACAGCUCGAGGUCUCGUUCCCUCCUACUGCAUCGGCGAUCCGAUCGGUGCAGAUGACUUAUCGGCUGCCAUUGUCGGAGAUCGUCACCGACUUUUUCGACAAGCUCAAGUCGUGCUCAUCAGGAUUCGCCUCGUUCGAGUAUUCCGAGGAUGGCUAUGCUGCAAGCGAUCUGGUCAAGCUCAACUUUCUUAUCUCAAAUACGGUGCUCGACUCGCUCUCGAUCAUCAUGCAUCGAUCCAAGGUCAUGUACAAUGCGCGACAGUGGACGAAGAAGCUCAAGGACAUCAUUCCGCGACAGCAGUUCGAGGUAUCGAUCCAAGCAACGACAGGGAGCAAGGUGAUUGCGAGAGAGACACUGUCAGCAUAUCGGAAGGAUGUAACGGCGGGCUUAUAUGGUGGUCAUUACGAACGCAAACUCAAGCAUCUCAACAAGCAGAAGGAGGGCAAGAAGAGGCUCAAGGCUCUUGGUGUCGGCAGAGUGCAGAUCCCUACGGAAAAGUUCCUCGAGGUACUGGAUACCCGUUCCAAAGCAAAGUGA